AUGAAACCCGGCUCCUAUCCCAGAAGAGUCGAGGAAACAAGAAGUUCGUCGAAUUCAAGUAAUUUUUCAGAGUUGUUGAUCCAAAAUUGGCACAAAAACGGAAAAUAUUGUCCGGAGGGAACGAUUCCAAUUGCAAGAUCUAAGACGAACCCCAGGAAUAGAAAGGCACAUCCUAAGGCCUUCUCGCUUGACGACUAUGUCAUUGUUGAUGCGCUGGGUCAUGAGGUAUCGUUCUUUCACGAACAAUCUUAUGAGCAUGCUCAAGUAACUUUGAAGGGAGGGAGUUACCAUGGAGCUACUGGGAAAUUCAAUGUGUGGAACCCGGUAACUUUUCAUCCAGAGUUCAGCCUUGCUCAGAUGUGGGUUAUUGCUGGUGAUGGUGCAGACCUGAAUACCAUCGAGGCAGGUUGGAUGGUGAACUCGGUUACAAAUAACUUCAACACGAGUCUCUUCACAUUUUGGACCAGCGAUGGGUACAGGUCGACGGGAUGCUACAAUUUGGAUUGCCCUGGGUUUGUGCAAACAAGCAACAAAAUUGCUCUGGGCAUGCACUUAAACAUGAUUUCACAGUAUAAUGGACAGCAAUUCGAGACCAAGAUAACUGUCCACAAGGACCCGACCAGCGGGAACUGGUGGCUACAGAUACAAGGGGAAGACGUCGGAUACUGGCCGUCGGCGCUGUUCAAGGCACUUUCGUCAACUGCGACGGCGAUCAACUGGGGUGGAGAGAUUACCAACACGAACCCAGAUGGCCGUCACACGCCGACUCAAAUGGGGAGCGGCCAUUUCGCUAGCGAAGGUUGGAAAAAAGCAGCUUUCGUUAGGAACUUGGGAUACGUAGACGAGAGUUGCACAAUAAGAGAUCCCGAUCACGACCUCAUCCCGCUCACUACAAGAGCUGAGUGUUACAGUGUACAUCUUGGGAACUUUGAUCAGACUUAUGGGGCUCAUUUCUACUACGGUGGACCAGGGUUGUCACUUUCUUGUCAUUGAUUGAACUUUAAUCAAAGAGAGAUUUUUUUUUUUAUUGUAAUGAAUAAG